CGGGCGUUUCUACAACAGGCAUGAUCGUCUAUGUAGAGGUCUAGCCGUAAGGUCCUAUGUAUGUAAUCAUAGCCAAUGGGAUCGGCCACUGCUUAGCAUCACACGAAUUCAUCCUGGCAAACCCAACCGACUGCCUGUCCUGUCCCGUGAAACGUGGGAAGGGGAAAGCAACGCCAUGCCAGCCGCUUCUGCAACGCGAGGACACCAUAAUGUAGACCUGCAGCUCCAGGGGCAGUUUACUUUCCCCCGCAGAUAAGGAAAUGUAUUAAUUAUAAGUAUUAAGCUGCAUAGGUAGAAUUGUGAGUGCUUGGGAUGAGGAGGUCAGGAAGGAUCGCGAUUUACGCUUGUUCUGGCAACAUAAAGUAUUACUAUCGCGCUCGCGUCCACAACUCAAACCCUUCGAUUCCGGUCGCAGUCGAUAUCCGUGUAUCUAGCACGCGACAUCUGUAACUAUGGAAGAAUCCGCCGCGGAAAUUCUCGUUCUAUGGAUCCUUACCGGGCUUGCUGUAGCGAUGAUGCUGCUUCGACUUGGUUUGAAGCAGUACAGAAGUCAACGCUCUUCACUUGGUGACUACAUCACCAUUGCAGCCAUUGUCUCAAUUUUACUACGAGGGGCCGUCAUUAAUGUAGCUUUACUCUGGGGAACAAACAAUAUCAGCAAGGCGGUCAGGAAGACGAUGGCAUUCACUCCUGAAGUCAUCUAUCGGCGCGAGAUUGGAUCGCGGCUGACGAUCGUAAAUCGGGUAUUCUAUACUGUCUACUCCUGGCUCCAGAAAGGCGUCGUCAUGUGCAUACUCCAGCGCCUACUCAAGGGCGUCGGACCCAAAUGGAUCACCAAGUUCUACUGGAUAACUCUAGCAGUGACGUUCGUCGCCGCUCUCAUCGUGACAUUCACCGAAUGUCACCCCUUUAAACGUUACUGGCAGGUAGUUCCAGAUCCAGGAACUUGUUCGAAGGGAAUCAUCCAACUUGAAGUCUUCUCAGCCCUAAGCAUGGUCACUGAUGCCAUGCUCAUUGCACUUCCUCUUCCACACCUCAUAAAGAUUCAACGACCUUUCAUGGAACGCCUCCGGCUCCUCGCGUUAUUCCUCGUCGGUCUUACAAUCCUCGGUGUGACUAUGGCACGUCUCCUGAUGAAUGUUGUUUUGUUUCAUCGUUCUGGCCAAUCACACAAUGUUGCAAAUAUCGAGAUAUUUUUCGCAGCAUUUGUUGCCAAUGCACCAACUAUAUAUGGACUAUUAAAUGUCGAAGGAAGGAGAGGGGCAGCCGGAGCACAAUACCUCCCUGACUCAUACUCGGGAUCGGGAUCGAAAUCUAUAGGAGGCAUUAGAAGCAAUGUCUCAAGGAAGGACCGUGGCUUGGACUCUGGUAACUACCAAAGUGGCCAUAAUCUCCAGAACCAUGUUUGGGCUGGAAAAAGUAGGUAUGCCCCUGAUAGUGAUGAAGAGAUGAUGAUCGAGUUAGAAAGUACUAAGGAACCAAAUAUCCGUGUUAAUACUACGAUAUCUGUUACAUAAUUGACAUAUUACCACUCUCAUAAUCGUCGGAACCGACCCUAUACAUAGGGCCUAGGUAAGCAAAGAGCGUUCGCAGAAGUAAAUGACGUUCGCUGCUAGCGCUCAUCGCCACUUUGUAUUAUAUCCCUAUCCAUAGCCUUAACAUAUCUAUAGCUUAUAAUUUGUAUACUACAACCAUGUAAUUAAAAUAGAAGACCC